AUGCAAAACAUGAAUGAUGAGAAGCAGCAGCAGAUGCAGCAGAUGCAGCAGAUGCAGCAACAGCAACAGCAACAGCAACAGCAACAGCAACAGCAACAGCAACAGCAACAGCAACAGCCAAUUCCUGAGCCUACAGUGGGAAUGACAUCAAAUAGUGGGGCAUCAGUACCUCAGCAAGGACCAAUGCAACAACAGGCACAGCAGAAUAGGCUCAGUGCCCAGGCCAUUCAUCAGCAAGCACGUCAACUAUUCCGUCAAUAUAGUGUUGAGAAAGAGGCUGCAGAGAAUGCCGGCCUUGGUACACCGGAGGGUGAUGCCCAUAUGGCUAAAGCUGAUAGAAUCAGGACAAUCUUGGUUUCAUAUUCGAAAAGACAAAAACUAUUGCAACAACAAGCAGCACAACAACAAGGAGGACAGGUGGCACAGAAUCGAGAAAAUGGACCUACAAUCCGUCAACAAACAGGACAAAUUUCACAACAGCAACAACAACAACAGCAGCAGCAGUUAUCCCAACAGAUCCCUCCAGUACAAUCCAAUAUAGCCCCUGUUAACUCUGCAGGCAAUCCAGGGACUCCUGGAAUGCUCAACGUUCCUUCAGCAUCGCCCUCAAUGGACAACAUUGCAGAAGCAAGAUCUCAAUCGCUCUCGCAACAGAUAAGUUCGUUAGGAAACAACACUGCCAGUGCUACCAGUACAAACAGUAAUAAUGACUCGCAAAGAAUAGACGCCUCGAUGAUCCAACAGCUUACUCCUGCUCAGCAACUGCAGCUUAAAAAAAGGCAGUUGUUAAAGAAGUACCAGCAAAUUCUCAGCAUGUCUGAACAGUUCAAAAAGAACCUCCUUCUUAUUGAGAAAAGAGCAGCAGAGCCGUCAAUUGACGAAGCAACUCGUAAGCAUCUACGUGAAAAGGAACACGAAGUGCGUACAAGACUUGAGAACUGUACAAAUUGCACGCAGCAAAUUACGCAUCAACUUAGACUUGCCCAGCAACAGGCCGAGCAGCUCACGCAGUUGGACCGUUCAAAUAGCACGCCAGCUUCUGGAACAGCUACUCCGACUCCAUCUACAGCCGGCCGAGCAGCAUCCACGCAGGGAUCACCGCCUGUAAGUGGUGCUACCGCUGGUGCAACUCCGCAGGGGAAACCACCUCGUGCUCAAAAGAAAAGUGCUACACGGAAACAAGGAAAGAAUGCAGAUCAAGGUGAUGGUAGCACAAAUACCAGCAAAAGAUCAAAUCCCGAUGCCAAUGCAAACGAACAAAGCACGAAGAAACAAAAGAAUGACACGACUGUAGGAGGUGGCAAUAGUGAAAAGGAUCGGGCCAAGUUUCAAAACCUCAACAUUCCGGAUGCAUUGGAUGUGAAGUCGUCCAACCCUGCAGCUGUGAAGAUGAACAACAGACCAACUAUUCUUGGUGGUAAUGCCUUGAACGCACCAGCUCUGGCCAACCCGGCAAUGGUCAAGCCAAGACCUUUUGAGAUUGAGGGAGAACGUGUUUUAAACAAGCGUAAGCUCAAGGAGCUUGUCAAUUCGGUCGCCAGUGAGGAAGGAGAGACUGAGAUUAACAUCGAUGGUGAUGUUGAAGAACUACUGCUUGAUUUGGCAGACGAGUUUGUCUCGUCGGUGACUUCGUUUGCGAGUAGACUGGCAAGGCACCGUAAUGCAGACAAUCUCGAUGUGCGUGACGUGCAACUGCAUUUGGAGAAGAACUGGAACAUUCGUAUUCCUGGUUACGCUGCUGAUGAAAUUCGUAUGCUACGCAAGUUUGUGCCAAGCACCGUCCACAAUUCCAAGCUCGAUGGUGUUGCAAUUAACAAGAGUGUCAAUAAAGAGUCGUAG